AUGAGCCUAGAAGAUUGGAGAAGAAUAGAUAUUGAUCAAUACGAUGCGGAUGCGCAGUACGUUGCAGACGAGCUACCGGAGGGAAAUUCUACCGCCACCGUUAGUGAUAUGCAAGCAUUGUCAACAAAAUUGCGUGGAUUGAUUCAACGUAUGGACAUUGGCGAAGCAUUCAAGACGUCAAUUGAAUUUGCACCUUAUGGGGCAGGUGAAGAUGUAUGUGAUGCGUUUCUUAGAGGUGUCUUUGAGAUUUUCACUAAUGUUAAAAUGAACGACAUUCCAAAUAUCGUUACAAGUUUGGACUUGGAUGUUUUAGAUGUUGUCGUGAAAUACAUUUAUACAUUAAUGGGUAAGGAGUUUGCAUUGAAGCAAUCCGGCUUGUUACUUGUUUGGUUAGAUAGGAUUGUCGAUAAAGUAGGAGAAGGUCCAAUCAUACGAUACUUGAGUGACCCAUAUAAGCUCUAA